AUGGCGUCCGUCCGCGUUAUAUUGCUGCUGUGGAGUCUGGCGCUGCUGUCGGCUUCGGCGCAACACCAGGAGGAAAAGUCUGUCACACAGAAGGCACAGGAACCGAAAACCGCAACAAAUCAACAAGAAUUAGAAGAAGGAAGUGGGAGAGAGGAAGAAGAAAGUGCAGAGAAAUUAUUGCAAGACCUCUACAUCCACUCGACCAGUCCCGUGCUGGUCUCCUACCUGGGUCAUCUGGCCACGCCCCGCGACCUCUCCCAGCUCGACGCCAUCAUUAGGCGGCAGAGGCAGAUUCGCUUCAAGAGCUCAUACCAAGAGCUUCCGGUGGUACUUCGGCAGCCGGUCGGGGCAAAAGACCUCACAGGACUUUCGUACUUCAUCCGCGUGGACGUUGACGAGGACCCGCCGCCCAGCACCGCCCUCACCCUCCUUCCCGAGGGCGCCAGGACCUACUUCCCGCCACAGGUCACGACACCCCAGCGCAAGAUCAAGAGUCGCCCCCGCAAGGAUAAGAAGGAGAAAGAUGAAGAUUCCCCGUUGCUUCUACAGGAGCACACUAGCCAGAAGACAUCCAAGGGCCCGCAAAGAGACGGGCCCUCCAAGCCUGUCGCAGUUGGUGGUUAUCGAGAUAACAGUGAUCACGUGACUUCGAAGACUUCCUCGACUUCAACAGCCUCCAGACUUGUAGCCUCCCCCCCUUCCUCUUCCUUCUCUCCUGCAAACCCCACAGUAUCCCAGGCCAAAGACCCAAGGUUCCUCGCGAAGGGACUGACCGUCUCCUCGCGCUACACCACUUUCCCUCAAGCUUCACAGCAGCCAAGCCACGACAGGUCCCUUACCUCUGGCCACUCCUCUUCGCAACAGUCUCAAGUUUCGGAAAAUCUAAUAAUUCACAACUCACUGCCAUCUGAUUCUUCACCUUCCUUCCUUCCGUCGCCAAGUGGUCCUCAUUCCUUCAGCUCAAAUGUAUCGGGUGUUUCAGAUCCGUUCCAUUCUAGUGUCGUAACAUCACAGCCAAUCUUUAUUUUUGAAUCUCCUGGAUCUUCGUCUUCACAGUCUGAUUCUUUCGCACCUUCUCCUGCUUCCCCAUCUCCGGCAAAAGCAUUGAAUGCGCCUUCACAAGAUUUGGAACUUCCUAAUCGGUUUCCUCUACAUCCAGCAGUCUCUUUGCCUACUCAGUCUCUCGAACCAGCUCAUUCGCUUUCUCAGUCGUCUGCUACUCCUUCCAGUCCCUCUUUAAAUAUUCAGAGUCUCUCUCAGCACCUAGAACAACCUUCAGUUUCUUCUCAUUCUUCCCGACCUCCUCAGAUUACAAAAUCGACUGCCUUUUCUGCUGAUCAAAAGUCUUCUCUUCCUUCAAAUUCUUUACGACUCUCGAAAGCUAUUCAGGUGUUCUCUCAGCCUUCUUCGCAGUCAACAAGGCCCUUCCAUGAGCUUUCUUCUAUCAUUGACACUCGGCGUGCCCCAGUCCUCUUCAACUCGCCUGCUUCAUCGGUAUCGUUAAAAGUCUCUCAGGAACUAGAACCUCCCUCUCAUCCUUUUUCUCAGUCUGGACAUGUUUCGAAUCCUCUCCCGGUACCGUCUCCUCUUUCAUCCAAUCCUUCACAGCCAUCGAAAUCCUUCCCGCGACCCUUUUCUCCUCCUCCUCCUCCUCCGCAGCCUUCUCCUCUUCGUCCGUCCCGUCCGAAAGGUACGCCCUCCUCUUCAUCCUCAGCUUCAUCAAUAACGACAGCUUCGCUUGGUGCCAAAGCCUCAUCCUCCCUCGCUUCGCCAACUCCCACUCAGAAACUAUCGCAAGAAUCCAUAUCCGCUUCCAAACUUCAGGCCAACACAAACACAUUCUCCAAACAUCGGUCUCGGCAAAACCAGACUCCAUUAACCUCUUCUAAAGUGUCCGAUCCUAGGCCUAACGCUAAAGCUAAAUCGAUUUCUAGUAAGCCAGUUAACAGCAUCCAACAAAGCGAGGCCCUCCGGCGAGGCAGGAGUGAGGGCCGCGGGCAAGGUGGAAGCAGAAACAGAGAAAGAGACAGAGGAAGUGGAGACGGAGAAGGAAGACAAAUUCAAAGCGGAAUAAACUCCGCCACUCCUGCAGACGGUAAGACGCAAACUGUUCUUAACUCUGACGAUCCCUACGUCAACUCGAUACCCGGACGUAGUGGCAUCGACUACCCGACCUUCCAGACUUUGCCCAAAACAGGGUUCGACUGUUCCAGCAAGCAGUCGGGCGGUUACUAUGCUGAUCCUGAAGCCGAUUGCCAGGUCAGUGGUGGAGAUGCCUCGUCUUGCUCCAAAAUGAGCGUUUUUUGUCUCUUAAUUAACUUGCCGAGUCAUUCUUGCUGCUGGGCGCCCUCCGGAGACAUCUUUGCGGGACCUAGAGGGUUAAGGCCACGCCCACAAAAUCGCAAGGGCGUGUCCUGUGGGAGGUACGAGGAGCUCAUUCUUCACGGUAUAUGGAUAAACAGAGAUCGUAUAACAGGAUCAGACAAUAUAGAAGUGCUCUUAAUUAACUUGCCGAGUCAUUCUUGCUGCUGGGCGCCCUCCGGAGACAUCUUUGCGGGACCUAGAGGGUUAAGGCCACGCCCACAAAAUCGCAAGGGCGUGUCCUGUGGGAGGUACGAGGAGCUCAUUCUUCACGGUAUAUGGAUAAACAGAGAUCGUAUAACAGGAUCAGACAAUAUAGAAGUGGGGAGUCGCGGGGAUCAAGGGGAUCGGGGCGCCUCCACCUGUUCCUCAUCCAGCCUGGCAUCAGGGGUGUGGCAGGAGAGGCAGACAAGAGGGUGUGGUGCCAAGAUGUCCGGGGGCGGGGGAGGGGGAGAGGCAAAGGAAAAGCGCCUGUAUGGAUGA